CCGCAUGGCUGGGUCGGGCCCCGGAUGAGGAAGUGCGGGAGGACCAUAGAGACGGAGCGGCAGUAGUGGCCCGAGCGCCCACGGGCUUUCGGGUCCGCAGGCUCAGGUAGAGUUGGCGGUGAUCGGGCUGCCUCUGCAGAGACCAAGCUGGAGGGGCAAGCGCAGGACGCGGAGCGGGUCUCAGGAAGAGGCCCCUUCUCCUUCCCUCAUGGAGGGAUCGGCUACAGUGACUGAAUCUUUGGAAAAGAAAGCCCCUUUUUCAAGGUGAAAGGAGUGUUGCGAACUUCUGAGGGCCUGAUCAUUAUUGGUGAACCAUUUGAUGUAAAAGACUUGACUCCAUAAUCUACAUCUGCCCUAAUGCUGUCAUCUGGAGUAGAGACUCGGCCAGUUCUACAUGAUUCCUCCAUGUCUGCUGUGGUACAGGAAUUAUACUCUGAACUCCCAGUAAGUGUCUCCAAAGAGCUUCAUGCUGACCCUGAGCCAAGUGUGAAUCCAGAUGUAAAACCUGGAGCCUCAAGCUCUCUUGUAAGCCAGAGUAGAGCAUUACCCUUGGAACUGCAGAGGACCCAUGCAGAAAGUUGUUGUGAAGAAACCUCUGAGACCUUGGAUAAUAGGGGUGAGCCUGGGUGGUGUGGACUAGUGGACCCCACUGCAGGAGGUUCCAUGGCUUCUGAGAUCUUGGAUAGGGAAGAGAAAACCAAGAGCAUGGAGCUAAAGGUCUUCAGAGAUCAAGGGGAACAGGCAGAAGUAAACAGAGACCCUGGUGAGGGAGCAAGGAAAGACCCACAUCAACAUUCCACAGCUGCUGAAGAAAAGAUCAGCCCAAGUCAGGGGGACCUCCUAAUGAAGUCAAGCAAAGAACUUUUACGUGUGAGCCUCCCUGAAGAUUUUCUAAGGAACAAAGAAGGAAUUGUACAGUUUACAACUGAAAUUCUACCAAAAUCCCCUGAAGAUGCUCAAGGUAUGAAGGUCAGUGGGACUAAGAUGGAUCAUAAUAAUGAAGGACACACAAGUGGCAAUAUGAGUAAAGAGCUCUUAGCUGGGUCCAGCGAAUACCCAGAAGUAGAAGAAAUCACGAACAGCGGCAACAUUUCAGAAACCAGAACAUUAGUUCCCAUGGAGCCUUUAACUUUUGUGGAUCCUGGAUUGACAGAGACAACUCCUAAAGAAAAAGAAUGUGGAGAAUUACAAACUUGUCCUUCUCAUUUGUCAUUAUUACCGGAGAACAGUGCCAUUUCCAAAAUGGACAAUGAGAAAGAAGAGUUGUGUAAAUUAAACCCGGCCUGUGCAGCAGAUGACAAUCCCCCACAGAUUCUUAGCCACCCUACUGGAAAACACAGUUCUACAUUGGACACUUCCACAGCCACGGGAAAUGUGCAUGCCAUAAAAACCUUGGAGGAAAAUUCUAAAAUUUUAUAUCUCAUACCAAGUUUGUCUGAUCCAGAAUCCAGAACAACAUCCUUAGGAAAGUGUAGUUUUAAAAGUGGUUUGAUGAAGAGAUCUGAUGAAAACACAGACAAUUCCUGUUUUGCUAAGGAUGGUCUAAGCAAGAACUUGGCUUCCAGAGAAGAAAAUGAAGAACAGUCUUUGAAUCACAGGAGUGAAAGGACAGAACUCUGCUUUAUGAAUGCCAGACAACUAGAAAAGGAUUCCAAUGGUUAUUGUUCUGGUGAAAAAGAAACUGUUGAUUCCCUGGAAGGAAAUGUCCCUCAUAACAAUUACAUUCAAGGCAAUAACCAUACAGAGAGCUCUAGUUCUUUAAUGUCCAAUUCUUUAACUGAAGCCAUGGGAAUAAUGUUUAAAAAAGAUGAUUUGAAAAUCACUUUAGACAUGCAAGGUAAGUUGACAGACCCUGAGGACCAUAAAGAAACUGUUACUAAUAUGAACCAUCUCAGCAGACACUCAGAAGAAAGCAGCUUUUCCUCCUUGGUGCAGAUUGACGAGCCAGAACAGACAAACACUUUAGAGCCCAGUACAGUAAAUGAAAAGAUUUACAAUAAGGAUUCUAACUCCGUAGUCAGCUUCCAGAGAAAUCUGGAAGGUGAUACUCAGUUAAAUGAAUCAUCAUGUAAUGAUUUUCUGUCCAAAAGAAAAUUCCUUGUUAGUUUAAUGCCAGAAGAUCGGAUAUGUUCUAUGUCUAAAGAAGUAUCAAAAUCUGAGAAAGAUACUGCUCAGUUACCACCAUCUCUGGAAUUGAAUUACAGAUCUGAGUCAGGAAAAGCUAUGGAGACGUCACUGGAUAAUAUUCCAUGUUUAGAUGAACAGAAAAUUGCCCAUGAGAUGGGUGAACUUUCUUGUACCAAUGAACUGAUUGUAAACAAAGUAGAAUGUAAAUGUGUUUUAAAUCAAGUGUCCCUUAAUUCUCAAGAUCACGUGAAGUUGCCAACUGAUUCCUUACUACAUAGAAACAGAGAAAUGCCUUUAACAACAAGCAAAAAUGCCCAACAGAGCCAUCAUCCUCCAUCAGAAAAUGGAGCAGAUGUCCUUGCUGAUACCCAAACCAUUCCCACUGAGACACAAGUGAAAGACAUCCCUCCACUAGGUGACAUAACCUGUGAUGCCUCUUCAAACAGUCGCACUCCAAACGCCACACCAGGAAACGUAGAAAGAAAGCAAGAAAUGACCGAUUCAGGAACAGAUUUGCAUUCUAGUUUCCUCUCUGGUGUGACAGAAGGAGUUGGCUUUCCUUCAGAAGUUGCAGUCACAGGAUGUCAGAAUGUUCAGUCUCAGGAUAUCUCCAGCUGUCACUGUGUAAGAAAAAAUGCACCAGGAGAGAACUUGUGUUCUGCUUGUGUUGCUUCUGAGCCCAGCAAAAUCAUCCUGAAAGUCAGUGACUCUUCAGGAAUAAAACAUGAAAAUGCAUUUCAACAUAGUGGCCACCACUCCAGAAUAACAGAAGAGUUCAUGGAAAGUAGUUGUACAUCACAGGAGAGCAAACUUGAGGGGAGAAAAACUGAAAGCAGCUGUACAGAAGGUAUGAUCAGAAAUGAAGUGACAGCUGGUAUUUCAGAUAGUAGAGCUUCAGAUACAGCCACUCACAUCACUGGUUGCAUUGAACCCAAUGAGGAACGGCUAGAUAGAAAGGAGCUGGAUAUACCCAAAGAAACUGUGUUUUGUAAAUGUAACAUCUCUGAUUGUUCUCCUCAAAAACUAAACCGAUUUGCAAACAUUCCAAGUCCUGAAACAUUGUCUUCUACCCUUGUGUUCUCCAGUUUUAAAAACAUGAACCAAGGAGUUGAAACGCUUGAUCAGAAGGCAGAUGAAGUCCUUGGCUGCCAGAGUAACCAAAACAGACCAGAUCAAUGUAGAAGUUACGAUAAACUAGCUAAGGAGACACGAGAUAGUGACCAGAGAAAGACCUUCACAGAGCCCAAAAGAGGGGUAACUCACAAUGAAAAGGACCUAAGAGUCAGUUUAGGCAGUAAUAACAUAGUGUCUUGUGGAAGUCCAAAGAAAGGUGAUUCCAAAGGAGAUGUUGAAGAUAUUUCUGGUUCUGAAGAAUUUACAGAUGAUAUGAUAAACAUUGUCUGUGCAGACCGUAGUAAAAAGCCUACAGAAGGAGUGCUAGGCAUGAAAGUAUCUAGUACACUUGAUUGUAGUGCAUGGCAAGAUAGACUGCCAUUUCACAAAACCUUAAGGAGUACCUCAACUCAGAGAGGUGCAAUAAAUGCUGGACUUACAGGAAAAAUCAGCCAGGACUCAGAUCUCUUAAAUGCUGCUAAUUCUACAAUGGAAUCUCUUGAAAUAAAAAAACCAAGUGAAGAGAAAGUAUACAAGUCUUUAAAAGACUGUGAAAUGGGAGAAUGUCUAGACUCUUGUGCCCAUGAGAUGGAGUCUGUUGCAGAUCAUGAACCAAAUACAAGCAUAAUGGACAAAGUCAGUGUGUCUUUAAAUUAUAUUCAUCAUGAACACCAAGAUAAAGGCACAUCUCUGAGAGGAACACAAGGAACUGAAGGAUCAAAACUAGAAGAAAUAAAUUCCGAGUUUGGCAAGGAACAAGCCCUUGGAAUAUCCUCAGAAGACUCAGUGUCUUCUAGAUGUCAAGGGGAGAACUCUGUUCCAUCAGGGACACUUGAAUCCACUGAAAUAAUGCCUUUGUGUUUGUCUUCUCAAGAAAAUCUAGAAACUGUUAUUAAUAGUGAAGAAACUUACCUGAAAACUCUGUCCAACCCGAAGGGUGGUGAAGUGCUUCGUGAAAAUAUAAAGGACUGCACAGCGCUGCCUAAGAUGAAGGUAGAAGUGCCAAGGGAUAUGAAUAAUCCUAGUGGAGGGUACGUCAGUGUGAAAAAGAAUGUUUGCAAAGCUUGUCACCCUCAUCAGAAUUCCUCUGAUACACACUUGCCUUUGAUAAUGGAAGCAGCAACUACAGCAAAUGGAGAAGAAGCCGAAGGACAUCAGAGUGAACGCCUAAAUCAUUUAACUGUUGAGGAAGAACCUGAGGGGAUGAUUGCCACAAAAGGAAGUGAGGGUUAUCAUUCGAGCAAGACCUCUCAGACCUUCCUGAGAUGCCAGGGAAGGCAUGGUGACCCUGAAAAACCACAAAGCCAGAACAUUUUGAACUGUGUGUUGCUGAAGGAAGAGGACCACGUGUGUCAAAAAGGAACACAGAUGACAUUGGAACAAUACAGACCAUCUAUUACGCUGUCAGAUGAAGUGCAAACGAAGCUCCAAACAAAGGCUGAUGGAUAUGAGUCCACCAUGAUGAAAGAAAUCACCCCAGCAAAACCAGCCAAGGGCAACAUUGCUGAACCAGUUCAGAGGAUGGAAGACCCAAAGGGGGAAAGCUUUCGUCGUCCGUUAAAGGACAUUGAGUUGUGCACAGUUCCUUGCCUUCCUGGUGCUCCUCAGAAAGCACAAGACCCCAACUCUGCUGGGUGCAAUCCAGUACAUGGUGCCUUUGGGAAUACUUGCCAUCAGAAAGGAAUGCCUCCCUUAAAGAAGCAGCCCAAUCGAACAUGUAAGAGAGUUUCUUGUCAGGAGCCAGUCAGCACAGGGAGGAAAUUAAAUAAAAUCCGAAGUUCUGCCUUUGGAAAGAGUUCCUCUGAUCCCAUCCCCACAAAAGCACACAGACUUCUCAGCUCACAUGCUGCAUCUGUGCUUGCACCAUUAGAACCCAAAACAGUACCUUGCAAGAGCUUGCUUCGCCACGUACCAAAGCAGAGGACUGCUGCAUGCCAUCCUUUGAGGAGCCUGAAUUUUAGGAAGUCUACCAAAGAAUCAGCCUUAUUAAACAAGCUAUCUAUCCUUGCCUCCAAACUAGCUCCGGCCGCAAAAACCCAGAAACUCAGAUACCGGCAAUGUUCCUCUGCACUUCUUCCAGUGGCCAAAAGCUACAAGCGCCUCAGAUAUAAAAGACUCCUGGAUGGAUUUUCCUAUAAUGCAAUGCAGCUGGAUCCAUAUUUGGCAGCUAGAGGAUGGGGUAAGAGGCCUAACAAUAAGGCCUUGACACUUUAUUCUCCUGAAGCCAUCAAGAUGAGCUUCAUAGAGUUGAGCAACAAGAUGCCAUCACUGCUUUUUGGUUCUGAAAUCUUGCCAGUUUCCUUUCAUGUGAAAUUAGCCUCUGACUGCAUGACCGAGUUCUCAAGGACUUUUCCUGAGCACUGUGCUCCAGCAAGGCUUGCCUUAGAAGAGGCCUCCCAGUGCCCAUCUCAACCACCCAAGUGGACCUUUUCUUUCUUUUUGUCGCAUAGUUGCCCUGGGAUGGCCACAUUCAGGGAAGACACUGGCCUCCGUAGUCAGGCGCACACUCAGGCUCCUCAGCAGACUCCAGCUCCUCUCCAAGACUGUGGAGGCACCUCCAUAGUCCCGAGCAGAGCAAACUGCUCUGUCCUUGGCCUUCACACGCUUCUAGCACUUUGUUCCCCAGGAUGUUACCGAAUCUGGACAAAGAAACGGAGCUUCUCCAGCCACAUGCCGACCAUGCAGAGGUUCUUCAUGGCCCAGUUUACACAGGGCUUAAAAGGGUUAAGGUCUCCAGCUUCCAUAGCAAACAAGAUCUUCUGUUCUCUGCCCUACUCAGUGGGCAGAGUGCUGUCUAUUUGGAGCCAGCAUGGGCCUUCCUCCUGUUCCUUCGAAAUCUCUGCUCUUCAUUCCAUUCACAGCAAGCAGCCGCCGAGUCUGAGUACCACAAGCAGCCACACCGUGUUACCAUAUGUGCCUCUUCCGGGCUUGGAAGCUACAUACAGCACCAGUGGCAGUCAGAUGAGACUGGAGCCUGCAUUCCCUUCCUUGGUACCAAAGUCUUGCUUGGUAACAGAGCCAGCUGUCGGCCAGCUCCUGUGUUCAGCUUCUGAAUUCCAAGUUCCUGGGUUUGAUGAACUGGAUGGUGUGACAGCAGCAUGCCCCCGACCACAGAGCAGCCCUCCAGAACAGAAAGAGGCUGAGCCAGAGAAGAGGCCAAAAAAAGUCUCACAAAUUCGCAUCCGGAAAACCAUUCCUAAACCAGACCCCAAUCUUACUCCCAUGGGCCUCCCUCGCCCCAAAAGGUUAAAGAAAAAGGAAUUUAGUUUAGAAGAAAUAUAUACCAACAAAAAUUAUAAGUCUCCUCCUGCAAAUAGGUGUCUAGAGACCAUAUUUGAGGAACCCAAGGAACGAAAUGGUACGCUAAUCUCAGUCAGCCAACAGAAGAGGAAGCGAGUUCUAGAAUUUCAGGAUUUUACGGUCCCGCGAAAGAGGAGAGCGCGAGGUAAAGUCCAGCUGGGUGGCAGCUUUACCAGGGCGCAGAAGGCAGCUCUGCAGAGUCGAGAACUGGAUGCUCGCUUGGUACAGAAACUGAUGGAGCUGGAGACCUUCUUUGCCAAGGAAGAGGAACAGCAACAGUCAUCAGGCUGUUGAGGAGCAGCGUGGUUGGGUCUCAAUCUUGGCUCUUUCCAGACCUCCCUGAAAGAGGUUGCCUGACUUUGCCCUGUGUCCAAACUACUCAAGAUGCCCAGUCCAAGAAUUUUUACCUAUUUCAAGGUGCAGCCUUUUUAGGAACUGGUGAUGGAGGGUCCUGUGUUUCUACUGCUGAGUAUAGAACCUCAGGAAUGCUCUCUUUCUCCUGGAAAUGGUCCCAAAUGACGUCUGGCCGCCUCUUCCUUAUGUCUGCCAUCCACAGGAGGGAGAAGCCACGUAUCUUACGCAACACUAAAAUUCCAAUGACUCAGAGCCUUUGCACGUCCACAUGAAAGUUCUGCUUUGUUUACGGUGGUGCUAGACCAAGAUGACCUAGAAACAUGGUCCAGGGAAGGGGACCUGGCUUCCUGUCCUGUGUGGAAUAACCAGCUCAUUUCAGUAGUGGAGAAAAGAUGAGCUGUUGUAUUUUCUAAUUCUUUUGAGUCUGUCUGCCCAGAACCUGUUACUGUGAGUGUGUGUGUAUGUGUGUGGCUUUUCCCUCUUGUUUUCUCCCCUCUGUGACUAUGGGUCACUAGUGCCAGAGGAGCCCGUCCAGGCCCCAAUCAAAGUAAGUUGCACUUUCUAAUGUUGUGAUGUUGAUUAUUUUCAUUUUAUUUCAUUUUUCAUAUGUGUGUGUGCGUGUGUAUGUGUGUGCGUGUUACUGCUGCAUGUUUGGGGCCUUUAAAUGUGAUUUUAAAACAAUUUUUUAAGAAAUUAAGGAGAAAGACAAUACAUGUCUUAAGAGAAUACAUGAUAGGCAUUCAACCCAGCUGACUGGUGCAUGGAAGACAUAUUUCCCAUUCAUGUGUUUAACUCAGUUCCUCUCCAUCUCUAACUUCUAGAGUAGUUGAUUAGAGGGAGCACUUUCUUUUUUAAUCUGGGUUCUUACUCCUGCCUACGAAGUACACAUUUAUUUUAAUGGCAUAAUUAAGGGCAGAUUUCUCUCAUGAUCACUUAAAAAACUCGAAGGUUGAGUGUGCUUUCAUCUGAAAUGUUAGUGUGUGGCAAAGUUGGGUACACCGGCUCAGAUAGUAUCAGAGGCCAACCUAGAAGGUCUUCAGCUAUUCAAGCAGCUUACUGUGGGAGUCGGGGGAAAGUCAGGGUAGCAGUGCAGACCCAGUGAUGUAUUUUUGGAGUGGGAUCCUGAAAUUCUACAGCCAGACCUCUCCGAGGGUACCUCAUAUACUCUGGUCCUGCGUCAGACCGACUGGAAGUACUGUCAAAUGCCAGAAAUAGCUCAGUUUCUGGCUCUGUGUCUGCUGGACUCUGCGGACAGCAGGAUACGAUGUGGGCACCAGGCCCAGAGGUCUCCUUUCUUUCCCACCGAUUCCCUGUGUGCCCUUGCUCCCUUACUCCUCCACUCCUUCCAUUGCAGUUUCUUUUUCUUCUUCCUUUCUGCCUUUUAAAGUCAGAAUUCAGAGUUAAUAUUCCUUGGCUGGUGAGUAGGAUGCUGGAGUCAGCCGAGGGACACUGGUCCCCUCUUCCCAUCCUCCUAGGGGCCACCACCGUAAAGCAGCUGAUGAUGAAACUAUCAAGUUCCAGGGACAAUUCCCAGUCUGUUCAGAAGAGUUUGUGGUGCCGCCUUGGAGUGCUUGGCUGACUCUUCUGGGAUUCUUUUGCUCCCCCGUGUUGGUGGAGAGAUGGGAUGUGGGUCACUCGGUGCCUUUCCUUUACAGGUUGAUAGUCCGUACCACAGUGGAGCAGAAAAACUGACAUACACAGAGAGGGAGGGAGUGGUGGAAGUGCCAUGUUUAUCUUCCAGGCUUGCCACCUCAGAGGCGGGAUUUAGAUAAA